AUGGCCACCAUAUUUAAGAUGUCGCGACGACGCGCUCACUCGGUUCAGCCUCUGACGAAGGAAACCGCCGAUCCUACUGCCGCCACGGCCGCCGCAUCCGCCUUCAUGCGCGGCAACCCGACAGCCCAGCCUUCAUUGUCUUCGGCAGCCGCAGCCGCCGCCUUGCGAGCGCAGCCAACUUCGCCGACCAACGUUGCGGAAGUCUCGUCGAAGAGAGUGCAGCGACGGGCCUCGUCAUUGUCCACCCCUGCCGGUCGCGAUCGAGGCAAGGGUAAGCCACAGAGGAGCCCCAGCGUGAGCUCCAUGAGCGAACGAACGUUUCGGUCCCCGUCGCCCGGCGGUCGCACACCUCUUGGGAGGCAGGACGUGCCCCCAGUUCCCAGCAUCUCCGCCACCAGAACCGCUGCGAGCCCUCUACGAACGCAAAACUUCCAAACGGCAAGCCAGAAAUCAGCAGCCCAUCAGCAACAAGGUGCCUGGUUUGGGCCCGCUACCCAGCAUGCGUAUCAAGACAAGAGGACGGAACCGGCGUCCAAGGUGACGCCGGAGUUGCCAGAAUCUCGCUCUGGAAGUGUCAAUUCCUCUAUCAACUUUUCCUACCCCCGACCACGAAUCACCUCGUACGACUCGAACACGACGUCCGAGCCUGAUCUUGUCUAUGACCCCAAUUCAAGAAGAAUGGUGCCAAGGGCAUCACUUGUGCAAGCGAGCCAUCAAAGCGAUGACGCUGCUGUCACAACGAUAGAGAAGGCGAAAGGAACAAAGCCCGUCAGACAGCGCCACAUACCGCAAGAAUCAGCCGAUGAAGCGAGACCAAAGAUGCCCGAUGGCUUCCAGCCGGAGCCGUCGUCAACAAAUACUGGCCAGCGCCAUACCCCUGAUGUGUCAUCAGGGAGGAAGAGUCCUACUGCUUCCUCAAGUUUCAGCGCUCCAAUGCCGGCAUUUGUUACCGAAACACUACCCGAGGAAAAGGGGCCUGGGAUCGAAAACCCCUCGGAUUGGCACAACCAGAACGCUCCUCUUAACGGACCUCCAGGAGCUUUGGCAAAGUCACAUUCGAAACCGGGUUCACCGGAGUGGGACAAUGCCAAGGUCGAACCGCCCUUUUCAUAUGCUGGAUCCGGGUCAUCAGAGACGUCCGUGCGAUCAGCUCAUUUUGCAUCGUCAACUGACCACUUAGUCGUCAAGCAUGAACCUCCUCCACGUUCUCUUUCGCCUAGAAAGUCUGCUUUGAAAUCUGCCGUUUCUGGUAAAGGGAUCCAUAAUGAGAUCUUGGAGUCGUCGAUCCAUGGCACUUCUCAUGCCAACAGAGAGGAUCUCACACCAUCCCAUAGGAAAGGCGCAAGGGUAAGCUGGGAUGACAACGGUACAGUUGUUGUUGCUGAGCCUGGCACGUCCGAAGAAGCGGGCUCUGCAGCGGUGCACAACCAUCAAUCGAGGCAGAACACACAGAGUGCCUUUGAAGGGCUGAGAGGGAGCAAGGCGUCCCUACUGCAACAAGAUGAGCUCAUGUCUCCACGGCCAGCACUUCCAUUGUUUGGAAGUAUACGCGAUAAGAAGGGCAAGGAGCCCGAGGAGCGGCAGCUUGUUCGUCCGCGCGAGCGAUCGCUUUCCCCCCAGUCACAGCAAGCGUCUAGUUCCCUUGCAGCAUCUUUCAUCAACAAAAACGAUAUCCCAGCACCAGUCGACAGCGACUCGGUUAAACAGAUGCAUCAUAGUCGAGGGCAGGCAUCAAGGAACGCAGCCAACAUCUCCAAGUUCCGGGAGCCAUUGCCUGCUAUCAUUGCAUCUACCGAGAGCCUUGGGCAGGAGAGUGAAGAUUUGCUUAGUUCGGAGGAUGAGCUUUUUGAAGACGUUCCGACUGGCGGUGAACAGUCCCGGAACCACAAAUCGUUGAAAGCUCUGUCGGCGGAUUCGAAACCGCUUUCCGAUUCGUCUCCCAGCGACGUUUCGAAGGAGGUCUCGAACACUGUUAAUGGUUCCUUAGGGGGCUCGGGUACAGAUGCGUAUCCCUUGGUCACAGAUCAAGACGUUGCGCCUGUGGCUGAAACAAGUCCGCUUCCAGGAAGCUUUCCCCUUGACGACGAUGUUUCCGGAGACCGUAUUGACACCACAGGCAAGUCUCCUACGCCUGGAAUAGCACAAACUUCAGGGCGUGAGGCUGGCAACCAAGAUCAUACAGAGCAGGGGGAGGAUGAGUCAGAUAUGGAUAGCAUCUACAGCGACGCAUACGAGGACCUUUCCGAAGCUGGAGAUGACGGCUUCAUGUCGCUUGAUGCUGCACUGGCCAGUCCCCCAGUGGCAAAUACGGGCGGCAACGAUUCAAGCCUCAGUCCAAGCCAUAUUACGAAGCCACCGGAUGGUGCCAUUGGUGCUCCUUUCCAAUCACCCGAUGACUGGGAAAGAACCAAAGCCUACUGGAAGAGCCUUAGCUCCGAAGAGAGGCGUCGACUCGAAAUUGAGGCCCUUAUGGAGGCUGACGAUGAUGCUAUACGAGAGCGUCCACCAGCAAAGGACACCAAGUCCCUGGGAGACAUUUCAGAGUACCCUCUGACUUCGGCGCAGAGAAGCCAACUUCGCCAAUUCCAGCGAGAACAGUUGUCGAGAGCUGACCCAGCAUCGCUCGGAGGAACAAAGCAAGCGUCAGCAGCCCCAAAAGCGCCUGCCACAAGCUUUACCGGCUCAAGACAAGGUAUUCCAGCCGAUGGUCAUCGAACUCAGGCAAAGAAUGGCACAAUGGAGAUGAAAAAUGGGCAGCAGCCACUGAAACAGACUGAUUUUGCCGUGACAGAUGCCCAGAGAGGACAUGGGUCCGCAUCGUUGCCUGGUCCGGCAGGUAGAAAGCGAUUGACACUACGUUCGUUGUCUCCUACCACGUCACAUACGAAGCGUUCCUCGAUCACGUCAGCUGCUCCCUCGCGGGCGCCGUUUGAGCGCCAAAACCAUCGGUCAGUCCGUCACAGCUCAGUUGAGCCAUAUAUUAGCCGGUUCUCCUCGAGGAAAGGCGCGGAUUCGGCGUAUGGUGAUCAAAUUUCAGACUCUAGCGAUGACGACUUCAUGCACACAACUCCGCUGACGGACGGCUCGAUCAUUGGCGACGAACACGAGCCGGCUCGUUCGAGGUUAAUGCAUUCUAUCCUUCACAAAUACGGACGGAACACGCCCCCUGACCUCAGCUCUGGUGCCCACGCUGGCUUCCCGUCAAGACACGACCGAUUCGACGACGAGGGCAGCGCACAUUUGCCUCUUGAUCAGCUGUCUGACCAAGGAAGCAAAGGACGUGCAGCGAGCGCUUCGUCUCGCCGACAGGGGCUCAUCUCCACGCUCCGGCGCAGGAAGACGAAUGACGCCGGCAGCGGUCAUAAUGUCAUAUUGCAGCAUCACGAAGAAGACACGCGCGCAGCAGGCUGGCCUCUGCAGAACACGAACGGCGAGGCUCGCGAAGCUUCGAUGACGUCACCGGCAGGCGACGCUGGAAGGCGAUCCGCAGCCAACGGCGCCCUCGUCGCGGACGACCUGACGUCAGAACCCCGCCAACCGCAUGAGCUCCCGCAGUACGGCGGCGGCUCAGACGCGAACCACGCUAAUCCUGUAUCACAAGAACCUAAGCGAAAGAAAUUCAACAGCCUGAGGAAAAUGUUUAAGAUUAAUAACUAGGAAUAGGCAAUUAGAGAUAUCCCGUAAU